AUGCUAGGUAACUUGGUUGUUUCCGCUGAUGAAACAGGUCAAGUUGGUCCUUGUGUUGCUUGUCCUUGUCAGGUUUUAAGGAGUGUGAGUCAAUGGUCAGCUGGGGCAAGUCAAGUUGAAGACAAUAUUCACAAAGCUUACAUUUCUCUUAUUGAAAAAGUUGAACACUUCAUCUACAUCGAGGUAAAGUUGAUGGAAGAAAGGAAUAAGAAGCCACUUGAUUUAAAUCUUGCAGCAUUAUCAACAACAUGUAGUAAAGACUUGGAGUUGAAUUUGGCUAAGUCAUUAUUGAGUGAGAUAGGCCAAUGUACAACUGCUUAUCCAUAUAAUCAGCUGUUUGGAGCAUUAGUUUCAAAGAAUUAUGAAAGGCAAGAUGCAACUUUACUUAGUUGGAAUUUGAUGUACAUAGUAGAUUAG